AUGACGUUGCCAGAGCUGCUAGGCCUCUGUGUCCUGUGUCUGGUCCCGGUGGCUUCUCGAGAGGCUCCCUCGUUUUGCCAUGAGGCAGACUGCCCAGAGUACACCGUCAUCCACACCUACCCGGAUUUUGAAGAGCGCCUCUACAAGCCAUCUCAUUGGCUGACUGUGGACAUCCCCGAAGUCAACAUGGAGCCCGUGAUCAACGCCAAUGGAGAGAUUAUUGUAAUAUCUGACCUGAAGAGGGCAUUCUUCACCCUCUAUGACUACACCAAGGGGGAAAAUGAAGAGAAGGCGGAGGUCGAGCUGCCCUGGCCGUCUAUCGUCCAGGUGGAGGAGGAGGGGGAUGAGAGGCACGGCUCUGCGUCCCGGCUUGUACCCCCUGGUACACACCUGCCCAAGGCCAACGCUGACACCAUCGAGGAGACACACCUGCCAGCCAUCAGGGUGUAUGUCAGGAGUUUCAUUGGGGGGGAAUCGGACGUCGGCUAUGAGGAACUGUCCAAACUCCGGGCGUCUGUGACAGCUAUGGGGAAGAACUUUGUGCCACACAGGUUCGUGGCAGCAAGUUACGACCGUCCUUGGGACCUCAUCAACCGCCGAAGCGAAAUGUGCAUUGGGGGCUCAGUUCCUCUUGUAGGGAGUGUGGUGUGCAGCUCGGUGAUAUGUGGUGUAGUGGUUCUGGAGGCGUGGGUCACAGGUCGGGGUGUAGUGGUUCUGGUGGGUCGGGUCGCGGGCCGGGUCGGGUGGGUUCUGGCCGCCAUGCCGUACGUGGACCCCAUCUGA